UUUGAUUAUUCAUUGUAAGGUUUUUUUUUCAGCCUAUUUCUCAUUCCAGCUGUGCUUAUGUCCCUCUUCGUGCAUCCACUUUUUUUCCCCCAAUACAGUACAGGAACCCCUCGUGAGUUAAUAGAAAAGAUCCAUUUUCAUUAUUUUCCAUCUGCUUCCCAUUGGGAAGAAGAGACGGGUAAAAAGUGUUUGUCACUUGCAUUCGAUAUUUGUUGCCUCUGUAAAGCCCUGAAAGUGCCAUAGUCGCGACUGUGCAGAUGUUUUGUAGAGGACUGUUGUGUAUUUGCGCGUGUAGUUAAAGUCACAUAGUAAAAGGAAGAUAUGAAACUAAACGGUGCCAAAACGUGCAAGUUCAUCACACUUGGGAUUCUCCACAAGUCUGUUUCCUGGAUGACAUCUUUACUUUGAAACAUCUCAUAAUUACAGCAAGUAUUAUUGCGCUUCAUUUGGAAUAGCAGCAUAACAUUACAAGCCAUUAAAAUAAAUAAAAGGCCAAUAUUGGUGGGUGGAAUUUAGUGGGACAUGACUAUCUGGUGCUUUGCUUGCACUGUUGGCACCUGAGCUCGGUUUCUUAGAAAAGUAGUAUAAAAUAACUAAUCCAAAGGGACGCUGUAGGUUGGAAAUUGUUCAGUCGAAAGAUGUAUGUUUGUAUUAAGGUCGAGAAAACGAGUGCAAGCUGUGUAAAUGAUGUUUUGUGUGUGUUUUUUAAUUUCAUUUCCUUUGCUUUGUUGCUGUGCCGAAGAGGGUUUUGUUUUUUGUUUUUUAGGGUUGGUGGGUUUUAAAUGUUUCUCCUUGUUUGUGUUCCCUGCACCUUGCCAUUAUGUAACCUCUGUUAUACUGGAGGCCAUGUAUGAAAAUCAAAGAAAAAUCAAGUGAAAAUGAACCAGGUUAAAACCUCACUCCGAGGUGUGCUCAGCAUUUUUAUUUUUCUUGCUUCAAGUAUCAAAACAUUGAUUCAAAAAAAAAAAAUAAAAGACUUUUUAAAAUGAGCUUGUGACUGGGUGAUUUGAUUGAAUGCAAUCACUGACGCUCCUUUCAACAGUUUAGUUGAUAAACUUAGGAAAUGUCACUACAAUGAACUUUCCUUGUUGGCUUUUUUGAAGUCAAAUUUGAUUCAACCUAUUAGUCCCCUUAGUUUGUACAUCCACUGGAAUUAGCCUUUAUUUCCAAAAUUACAUGUAUUUGUGCUACUAGUCAAACCUAAUACAUGAUUUAAGUGACCUGUUUGUGUAGUAUUUAAAAGUGACUAGUAGUAAGUGUUGCAUGUAAUCUUGUGCUAGUUGCAUGUUUAAGUGGAAAGUUUUAGUAAAUUGCCGCCUUGAUUUCUGACCACCAUCACAUUAAGUAAGAAAUGACCCAAAUACAGAUUCUUCAUAUGUUGCGAUAAGUGCUUUUCUAGAAGCCUUUCAAUUUAAAUGUUGGCUCUGUACACGUGUUUUGGGAUGAGAGGCUUGCUUUCUCCCUGUACCGGUCAUGUACGCACUGCAGAGACAGGCUGUAAUCAAGGCCAUAUAAUUAGAGAGACAUAGAAGGUUUGGGAGUCGCCCCACUGUGGACAGAAAUACCCUGAAACAUGGGCCUCUGGUACCAAAUGCAACGUGGUCAUUGUAAAGUGAAGUAUAAUCAGCUGAACUAUUAAUUGCUUACAUGAGUCCCUGUAAAGCAGCCGGUGCAUCAUGCUCUACUCAAAGUUGGUGUUGUCUUGUGCAUGUGCAGAAAUAUUCCUUUCUACAUACAUUCCCCUGUAUUGCACUUGGGAGAAAAAAAAAUGCAGAGUAAAACGAUUCGAUAGGACCUCAGCCAGGGGAUUUGAGCCCAAAAGAUGAUCCCUUUUCGGCCGGACAACUUCAAAGCCACACAGUGCUGUUUUGUGCCUUCGAAUCAUCAUCGUCACUUUUUUUUUUUUUCAUUCUUAUGGCGCCCCUGUAUCUCAAACAUGUCAUGAAGUCGAGUAGGAAUGAAGGAGGGAGGAGAAGCUGAAAAUAGAGGGACGGACAUCACUUUCCUGGGAGCGGUUGAAAAAAUUGCUACAGUAUAACAGGGACGGGAAUGCUCGGAAACUCUCCUCCUCUCUUCCUUCACAUUGGUGUUGCCCUCUUUGCCCCCCUGCUCUGUCCUCAGCUCACUGUGGUCCUGCUUACACCAUCAACCAGCAGAACGUGAAAAAUGACAUCCCGCUUGGUUUUCCAUAUGGCCUGCGUGACCUUGCUGUCACUGUGCUGCGGCGUGGCUCGGGGCACCCCCAUGUUCUACAACGUGUCCAUGGAUGCUAGCGGUGAUGACGGGUUGGAGUUCCUCUUCCCAAAGUACUUCUCCACUCGUGCACCUGUUCAAGUCAGCGCUGCUACCCAUGUUCCCGACGCUUCCGACACCCCCACGCUCACCAACACCAUCACCACUACCAUCAUCCGUCUGAAGGACUUUGUGCUAACCAGAGUGGUGGACUUCCUGGAGGCGAAUCUUCUCAUCAUCAUUGUUGUGACCUCUCUCCUCAUCGUUAUGGUCUUUAUUAUCUGCUGCGCCUCCGCCAUGAGUCAGAAGCGCAAGCUGGCGGCCUACAAGGCCCCACCUCAAACUUCCACCAAGUACGCGGCGGAAAAAAACGUUGUACACAGAGGUCCGAACGAGUUCCAGGAGAGACCGUACGCUGUGGACCACAUCAAGAGGGUCCAGAUGCAGAGCAGCGCCUCGCCCAAGAACCUGCGCAUGCCUUCCAAGGCUCUGGUGGGAGAGAGAGGCAGGGACGUUAAGUCGUCACCACGCCCAGAGGUGAGGAAGGUCAGGGAGGUCGAGGAAGUGGAGAAUCGCAGAGAGGAGACCAAACACAAAGAGCAGACGAAGCGCAGGGAGGAGGUGCAGCACACCUCCAGUCAGCCUGUUUGCACCUGUCAUCUGAAGAAGGCCCACCACUAGAGUGCCCUCACUCCUGCUGCUCGCAUUGCAUUGACACAGCAAACAGGAACCUAAGGAAAGGUGUUUGAGCAUUUAUUUGACAUUAGAAAGUUCUACUCGUUUACAUCUAGCAGUGUUUCACUUGUAGUAGCUCGCAGAUGUCAUCUCAGUUUGGCCUCACAAAUAACAUUCAGUUCUCCUCUUAGAAUGUCAAAGUUAUCCUAUUAGCGUACAGAAAUGACAUACAGCUGUGGAAAAAAGACGACUCAUAAGACAUUCUAUUAACGCUCUCCGGUUGUUCUUCUAAUGUGGUGAUUCGUCUUACUAUUGAGGUUGUAGAGCACACCAGUACAUAGACGUUAAGAGAGAUAUCAAAGAUUUUGAAUACAUGCUCAAAUGGCUUUGAAGGUAGAAACGGAAAGCAUGUUACCAAUAUAACACAGCCGUUCUACUAGUACGCCUUGAUCAUUUUAAUAGUGUGCUCCUUUGUCAUACCAGUUAGGACAAAGUAUAAUUGACUACAUGCUUCUUAAAGACCCUCUAAAGUGAAUUCAGUGAUUUGUUUCAAAAUAUAUUGUACAUGUUUGAAGAUAAUUGCUGAAAAUGGAGAAAGAAUGAGAAAUACGCAGUACUGAAUUUUGGAGAUAUACAGUUGAAGUGUUAUUCGCCAUUUUGGUUUUGCGCCCUUGUCUGCAUCAGUGGUUAUCUACAACAAUUGCGAUUCAAUAUUUUUUUUAUUCGGCCCAUUCCCACCACUAUCGCGUGCAGUUAGCUCAUUAGCUACGCCUACACCCUGAAAAUGUGUCUUUCCUGGGAGCCAUAGAAUAGCCUGGUGUCAAUAUUUCAAUUCCCAAGCGAGGGGGUGACGGGCGAGCUUGCUGACCAUCCACCGGCUGAGAGGAGCCCUGAAAAGCUUGUAAGCUAGCUGGUGGCUUGCGCCUCAAGUCGUGACAUGGAGAAGUCCUGCGGCGACCACGUUGGAUAGAUUGCAGCCCCCGGAGGCUUUAAGCGGAUAUAUAGGCAUAAGAAAGUAGCUUGUCCAAGGAGCAUCAAUUAUUAUUAUUAUUUUUUAAAUAUAAGGGGGUGUGGUUUCACUCAUUUGGGGUAUUUUCCCACAGCAUUUAAAAAUAAAUUAACGGCUUGAUUUUUUUUUAAUCAUUCAACAUGGACAAUUUAUGAUACAUUUCUAUUUUCACUUUACAGAGACUUUAAGAUGCAUACCAAAGCUCUUGAAUAAAUGCUAUACUGUAUGGUAAUAAAUUUGAACACGCUUACUGGCCACAACAUUUAGUAAACCUCGAUUUUACCAAUAUUACCGAGUUUUAUCAUUUUUAAUAUAUUGCAUCAAGCUGCUAUGUUGUUUUAGAAACACCUUUAGAAUACUGCCAGAAUUAGCAUUACAGUUAUUCUUUUGUCAAUCAAAUCUGACAAUUAUCAUGCUUGUAAAUGCUAAAUUUUGGAUACAACUCUUGUAGUGGUUUACAUUAGUUUGUACCCAAUGUGGGUGGCGAACUUAUAUAACUAUAUAUUAUAUAUGAAAAAGAAUACAAACGAGAUACUGUACUAUUAUAAACACAGUUGAUGUCCUCAUGUUCAGCAAUGCUAUUUCAUUAACUCAACAAUCCCUCUGGAGUAAUUAAGAAAAAUAAUAUAUAAACUCUAAAUGCAUUUUAUACAUACACUUUGCAGCCUGAGUGCUUAUUGAAAUAUGUUUGCCUAAUAUAAAUACUAAAAUAGUGUUAAAGUGUGAACACAAUGCCUGCCAAGACAGAGGAAUCUCCUCAUAAUGUCCUGCUGUACAUGCAAUCAAGACAAUUCAGCAUGAGAGUGAUUUUUUUUUUUUUUUGGUGCUACGAGUUGACAUGAAACUUAAUGUCUUGAUUACAUUCAAAACAUUUCUUUAGAGACACUUUCAGCAUAUGUUUAUUAUGUAUUUGCUUGUCUUUUUUAAUUAUUUUUACAUUUAUCUCAUUAGUUCCCUAACUUUUCAUGCAAAAAAAUACAACUUAUGACAUUCAUUUAACCAAAGAAAGAUGUUCAAAAAUGCAUGUAUUAGACUACAGAUCAUAUGUUCAUGCUCAUUGUCAAAAGGUUACUUUUUUUGUAAACUUGUUUUUUUUCAUGUUGCCUAUCUUAUGUAUACAGUAAAUUAUCGAAGUUUUGAUUAGUAUAUAUUUCUUCUUUUGUGAUCAAAUUACCAACAGUUUUGAAAAAUGGACCAUAGCUUUGUUUCAAUAGUGCCACUUUAUUUGCCAAUAUAUGAGUGGGGAUUUUAGGGGAAUUAUUUAUCUGAUUCGAUUCAAAUUGCAGAUUAUCCGAGUGUUUCCAUUUGUUUCAGCACAACUAAAAGAAUCUCAUUCAAAUGUGAAAUUUUCAGUUUGUACAAGUCUUAAUUUUGACAGCUUGUAUGCAUCUCUCUAGGGCUGUGUGUUUCAUUUUUCUCCUGUUCUUUGCUUCACUUCUGUUGAAUAAAACUGUGGAUAAUG